UCUUUCAGGUGCCUGGCAUCUGGCAACCUUUUUCCUCUGUCCUGCAUCCACACAAGCACAUCUCUGCAGAAAAUUGGGAAGUGGGAAAAAAAGAACAGGAUUGUUUACCCUCCACAGCUGCCUGGAGAGCCCCGCAGACCAGCUGAAAUCUAUCACUGUCGGAGGGAUAUCAAAUACAGCAAAGAUAAGAUGUGGUAUCUGGCAAAACUGAUUAAAGGAAUGUCCAUUGAUCAGGCUUUGGCUCAGUUGGAAUUUAAUGAUAAAAAGGGAGCAAAGGUGAUCAAAGAGGUUCUUUUAGAAGCUCAGGAACUGGCAGUAAGAAAUCACAACGUGGAAUUCAAAUCAAAUUUACACAUAGCUGCAUCAGUGGCGGGCAAAGGCCAGUAUGUGAAGAGGAUUCGUUACCACGGCAAAGGCAUGUUUGGCAUCAUGAAUAUCUCCAGGUGUCACUACUUUGUGAAGCUGGUGGAAGGUCCUCCUCCUCCUCCAGAGCCACCAAGGACUGGUUUUGAUCAAGCAAAAGAAUACGUGCAGCAGCUGCGAAGCAGAACCCUUGUUAAUACACUGUGACAGACUUUUAUGACUGUAUAGGUAUUUCUUGUUUGACAAUGUAAUGAUAUAAAAAGAAUAA